AUGCCCGCCGCGGGAGAGAAGCCGGCGCCCGAGCCCGACAUGUACGCCUCGCUGGGGGUGUCCAAGACGGCCACCAACACCGAGAUCCGCCGCGCCUACCGCAAUCUCAUCACGAAGGAGCAUCCCGACAAGGGCGGCGACGCCGUCAAGUUUAAGCGAAUCCAGCGCGCCUACGACGUCCUCUCCGACCCGGAGAAGCGCUCGCACUACGACGCCACCGGCGAGGUUGAGAGGUCCGUGGAGGAGGAGCUCCUCGAGACGUUCGGCGGGGGCGCGUUCAGGGAUACCGGCAGAGACCGCGCGCGUAUGGAGAAGGAGUCACUCGCGGACGCCAUCGUCUCGCAGGAGAAACAAAAGAAGGAAUCGCACACGUCGGGAUUCGAGGCGUGGAUGCGCGCCAGGGGUGAAUCCCUCCAGACUUACGGCGUCGAUGAAGUCAUCGAGCGAAACGGCGUGGUCAAGGGCUCCUACGACGAGGUCCAGCUUCCCAAGAUCAGGGCUUUCAACGUGAUGUACAAGCAGCCGUCGAUGACCAAGCCGGCGGAGGCGUUCGAGGUCAAAUCGACGCCGCUCCCGCCCACGCUCGAGUGGGGGCAGGUGCUGAUCAACGUCAAGGCUGCGUCCAUCGGCCCGGGCGACAUCCACCCGCUCUUCGCGUCCUCCAUGGAUCCAGCCACGACGGAGGCCAUGCGUCGACCUCCGUUCGUCGCCGGGUCCUCCAUGAUCGCCACCGUGCUCAAGACGGGCGCGGGCAUCAAGCAGCUCAACGAGGGCGACUGGGUCGUGCCCCACAAGCCCGGGUCCGAGUUUGGCGCGUGGGCGUCAAUCGCCGUGGUUCGCGAGAAGGACCUCAUCAAGAUACCGACGGAUUUGAUGCCCCUGGAGUACGCCGCGAUGCACCGCGAGCUGUGCGUGGCGUACAGGCUCCUGGAGGAUCACGGAGACCUCAAGCCCGGCGACGCCGUGAUUCUUAACGGCGCCACCGGCGCCAUCGGCGGCUGCGUCAUCCAGCUGUGCGCCAUGCUCAAGCUCCGCGCCAUCGCCGUCGUCCGCCGACACGAAACCGGCCCGGCGUCUGACCCCGUGAAGGUCGAGAAGCGGCUCAAAGCUCUCGGCGCCGCCGAGGUGCUGGCAGAGGACGACGCCAAGAUGGGCGCGUCGGGGCUCAAGUUGGAGCUCGAGAAGCAAAAGUUCUUCGCCAAGCCCAAGCUCGCGCUGGACUGCGUCGGCGGCGUGUCCGCGUCGCGGCUCGCGGAGACGCUCCAGGACGGGUGCGAGCUCGUGUGCUUCGGGUGCGUCACCGGCAAGGCGGUGACGGUGCCGUGGACGGGUCUCGUCGGCCGCGGCCUCGUCGUCCGGGGGUUCUCCCUCCGCAAGUGGAUGGCGGCGAACAAGAAGAAGGUGCCCAAGAUGCUCGAGACGCUCGCCAAGCUCGUCAACGCGGACAAGAUCCGGAUCGACUUCACCGAGUACGAGCUCUCGUCCGAGUUCACCGAGGCGAUGGAGCACGCGCUGGAGCCCGGAAAGGGGACCAAGGUGCUGCUCAGGGUCAACGACGUCGGGAGCACGUACACGUGA